CAGUGCAAUGUCAAAUCAUAAAAAGUGUCAGUCUAAGAAAAGUGGAAAACGAGUUCUACACGUUACUGUGCUCUUCUAGAAAAUUGUGAAUUUGUGAUAUCAAAAGAGUCAAUAUGCCCCGUCGUGGAAGAUCAGCCAGCCCUCCUCCGGCGCCCCAGCGCAGGGCCGCCCCAGCUCCGAGCCGCAAUGUGCCAGCUGCAGCUCCGCCAUCGGCCCCAGCCCCAGCCUCGGCCAUGGGCCAGCCCCAGCAGCCGUCGAUGUUCGCCCAGAUGGCAGCCACCGCCGGCGGCGUGGCCGUGGGCUCCGCAGUGGGGCACGUGGCCGGCAGCGCUCUGACCGGCAUGUUCAGUGGUGGCAGCAGUAGUGAGCCAGCGCAAGCGCAGCAGGCUGCCCCUGCCCAGGCCGCCUACCAGCAGGCCCCGACACAGCAGCCGCAGGGACCCUGCGCGUGGGAGAUCCAGCAGUUCAUCCAGUGCGCUCAGCAGCAGCACGACCUGUCACUGUGCGAGGGAUUCAAUGAGGCUCUCCGUCAGUGCAAAAUCAGCAAGGGCAUCUAAACAGCUCCGAUGCCAACAAAGUGCCAAUGCCCUUGACUCUCAUCUACAGGGAACCCAUUCCAACAACACUAGUGACCAUCUCAUAAAAUUGGCUAUGUAAACUACAUCAGACAGUUUUGAAUACAUAAUUGGCACAUUUAAUUUGUAGUUUAAAUUUGUUACUGCUGGUCAGACUGUAUACUUAAAUAUUGAUUUAGAAAUAUUAUCUCUAUUUUUAUUUUAUUCUUUAUGGUUGUAGAUACUUUAGUGACAAAUAUAUGCAAUUAUUUUAAUUAAGUAAAUCAUAUUAUAAAAAUUUAGUGUUAUAACUUAGCCAAUAAAACCAACAAAACCAA